GUAAAGCUUGUUUUGUAGUUCAUUAUUUUGCUUCAUUUACUCUUUAUCAGUUUUAGAUUUACUUGUUUGAGCUAAGAAUGAAACUUAAAAAUGUGUCCUGUGUAAUUUUGCAAGCUAAGUGAGGGAAGAUAAGUUUCGUUUGUAAAGAAUCAGCCCUCUCAGGCGUGGCAGCUUUCAGAUGGAAAACCUUUAAAAACCAGCAGAGGAAAGAUCAGUCUUCACGAGACACAGCAGAAGAUCAGCACACUUUUCUGGAGAACAUAGACAUCUAACUAUGGCAGCAGACUUCAGCCCCCAAAAACAUGCUCGAAAAGCAAAGCCACACGUCUGUAAAAAAGAGCACAUUGCAAUAAAAGAUCUGAAGACAAAACCUGAGAUAAAACAUCGACAUAUGAAUACAACAUAUCUUUCGAAAGACAUCCCUGAUUAUCCUUCUCCUGUUGAAUUUCACAUCACAGAAGUAGCUCAUGUCACUAACAAGACGAGCCUUAUGGAAAUCUGGAAGUCAGAGGGAUUCAAGGGUCUUGAUGAAGAUUCGUUUUCAUGGUGGAGCCUGAAGAUUAAUGAAGCGGAUAUAAGAGCAGCUGAGGAGCGUUACCUCGAGAAAUUGUUCCCAGACAUAACCAAAGAACAAAAAACAGCUCAUCUGCCGUUCCUGAGAGAAUUCACCACGUCACCCUUGUUCCUGAACGAAUUAUCACGCUACGGUAACUUUCGCUUCACCUUUCCUCUGACUGAGCUGAUGGACGCCUACAAGAAGCAGAAGUGUGAGGGCCAAGAGCCAGUUCUCCGGAUCUACGGGACCAAGCUGUUCAAGCAGGAGAUUGAGUAUGUUGUUCUCGUUCACAGCCCUCAGUUUAAUACGCUGUUCAGUCAAUUUCCAAAGCUAACACACAGCCCAUGGGUUGCUUAUGAUGGACAACAAAUCAUCUGGAGAGCCCAAGCCAUUUGUGAAACUCACAACUUCCAACUGGUAAUCAGUGGAGACACAGCAGCGGCAGAUCGCAUGUGUUCACAUCAGUUUUAUGUGUGGGAUCAUGUUAGCCUUGUCUUUUACGCCGAAGACGUCCUGACCUUCCCUAAAAGAAGGCUUAAGGCAAGCCUCAGUUGUUGUGAUCUGGAUCCAAAAGUAGACCUUUCAAAUGGGGAAAACUGCUCUUCACGUGCUGAAGCUGAGGAAUUCAUUGAAAGAUUGCCAGAAGAUGAAUCUGAAAAAGAAGAAGAUAAAUCAGUGGAGGUGAAAAUGGAAAAGGACUAAAGGAGUGCAAGUUCUGUAAGAACUUUUACAGUUUGGUGGCUUUGUAUGGUUUUGCCCUUUGUUAAAAUAGUUUAAAUAAGAUAAACAAAUAAA